AUGGGCCGUGAGCUAGUCGAGCAGAUCCCCGAGGAUAUUGAUGUCGUCUGCGGUGCUAUUUGUGGUGCAGGGAUGACCAUGAGAAUGUCCAAGAUUCUGAAAGAAAGCCAUCGGCAAUGCAAAGUGAUCGCUUUGGAGCCUGCCUCUUUGCCAAUGCUUACGAAUGGACACGGCGGCUCACACUAUUUGGAAGGUAUUGGUAUCGGGUUCCUUCCGAUUGUUUUAGACAAGACCCUCUACGAUGAUGCCCUUGCUAUUGAUGAGGCUGAGGCUCAAGAGGGCAAUUUGGCAGGUACCUCUACCGGCUUGAAUGUGACAGCUGCCAUCAAGCUGGCAGAGCAGCUUGGUCCUGGGAAGUUUUUGGCCAGUGUCGCGUGUGACACUGGUCUGAAAUAUGUUCGAGGCUAUCUUUUCACGAAGUAG